UUCGUGUCAUUACAAUUAUUUUGGUUGUUUCGUGUGGACGUACAAUUUGUGUGUCGGCCGUUGUGCUGUAUAAAGUAACGGAUAUUAUUUUAUAAUCAAAAAGCGCAGUUGAAUUUAAAAAUAAAAAUACAAAGAUUUUUGUUUGUAUUCGUGUUCUGCCACCAAUAAGUGAAAUUUGACAAAGUGCGGUUUAAAAACUUACCAUCGAGCUCACACAUUUCGAUUGCGCUACCUACUCAUACUUGCCCUGCAACUGUAACUCGUCGAAAGUUUGUGCGCGUUUUAUAUUUUUAAACAUUUUCUGUAUCAUUGUUCCAUCGUUGCCGAAAAUCGAAUAGUCAAACUGUUUCUCAGUGUCAUUGUGCGAGUUUUGUCUGAUAUCCUUUUUGUCCUAUCAUUCGUAUUCCUACGUGAUAAGGGUGUGUACUUGAUGACCUACCCGCUGUAAAAAAAAUUGGAAGGAAAAUAUUAAAACAAACAAGCAAAACACUUGUGUACACCUGCAAUUGCAGCGAACCGUAAAAGUGCAAGGAACAACGAUUCGGGAUAUACGCCCUGUUUUAAGUGAACACUUCAACGCUACGAGACGCAAAUAGAAUUUAUUUGAAAAAUGUCGGUGUCAUCAAAUGCCUCAUCUGCAUCCUCUUCGGUGACCGGUGUACCUAUCAGCAAUGGCAGCACGAACAGGCCAUCGCUGGGACGUCCAGGCAGCUGCGACUCCUCCGCAGGAAGUGAUUCGUCAGAAUUAACACAUAUAUUGAAUCGUAGGCAAGUGAUUAUGGAUUCACAAGAGGCAGGCAUUGAGGUGCCGCACCAAUUCAAGGUGGUUAACGUCUACACAGAAUUUCAUGAGUUCUCAAGAAAACAAAUUAAAGACUACCAAAAAACCUUUAACAAAUAUGACGUGGGUCACGACGGCUACUUAGAUUUGACCGAAUUAAAAUUUAUGAUGGAAAAAUUGGGCGCACCUCAAACACACUUGGGCCUCAAGCAAAUGAUUGCCGAAGUCGAUGAGGAUCACGAUGGCAAAAUUUCAUUCCGUGAAUUCUUGUUGAUCUAUCGCAAGGCACAAGCCGGUGAACUCGACAACGAUUCAGGUCUGAAUCAAUUGGCCCGUCUCACCGAAAUCAAUGUGGACGAGGUUGGGGUUACCGGCGCGAAAAAUUUCUUCGAAGCCAAAAUCGAACAGCAAUUGCGAACGAAUAAGUUUCACGAUGAAAUACGACAGGAACAGGAGGACCGCCGUCGCGAGGAAGAGGAGCGUGCCAAUCGGCGUUUACAAUUCCAGCAGCGUGCAGCGAUUUUUCAGUAAACCGAGAUUGUAUUGCAGAUACACGCACGGCUGGUUGGUGGCGGGGGGAAGUAAUGGGAAAAUUUUGAGAAACUUUUAAGAUCUAUCAUCACUUUAUAGCUUUUAAGGAUAUCAUUUAAGCACAUCAACAAAGCACUGAAUGGAAAUGUGUUAUAGAAACAAAAAGAAAAAAAAGAAAGAAAAAAACAUGAAGAAGAACCACUCAUACACAUCGCAUAUCGCAUAAAUAUUUUAUAAGAUUCAAGUAACUAAACAUGAAUAAUUGUACGUGAAGCAAGCUUAAGCGUGCGCAACAAGAAAAAAUAGCAUAACGAACAUAACAAAAAAGAAAAACAAAUAGGUAUACUAUGCAAAUAUAUACAUAUUAAAGUGCAUAAAUACUUUUUUCUCUACACAAGUAUUGAUACCAAAUUGUGCGUGCAUUUAGAAAGCACCACGUUAGUUUUUAGAAACAGUUUAUAUAGCAGCGUUCGUGCAGCAUUUAAUUGCUUUGCUUUAGUAGAUGGCGAGCCUAAAAGUAGACUGUAACAUUACAUGUUGGGCAUAUUUAUGUGCAAAUACUCUGUAAAAUCGAAUUGCGUGAAAUUGUUGUUCCAUUCUUUUCUCCUCACAGCUGCAUACACUUUCGUAUGUAUUAGUGAGCUGUUCGUAUACUCAACUUUAGGCGCUCAGAAUGUCGCUGAUUAUACUGAAAUAUAGACGCAAGAAUAACAGUUAAUUCGUUCAAAAUGUUACUUUUUAGUUUAAUACAACCUAGAAGUUUGCAAAUAAUUCAAAUUUGUGCUAACUAAAAAUUAGCGACUACAUUUGAGUUGCUGAGUACCAAAAGAGCAGUUGCACUCCUGAAACUUUGGAAUGCCAAAAGGAUGCUUUGAAUAAAACAACAAAAAUAAAAUUUCACAAAGUAAUUCUUGUAGCGCUUUAGCAAAGCAAUUGACUAUUGUGCGUGUGUGUUUAGCGUAUUCGCUUAUAAAUAGGGUGUGAAUUUGUGUGCAAAAAAAUUUGCUUUACUUUAAAAAUGAAGAUAAAAAUUCGCAAGCAUAAAUUUUGCGUAAAUUUCCAUUUUGUAAUUUUUCAUAUUGCAAUUUGCACCCGAAUUUUUAUAAGCAACCUUUUUUGGUUUUAUAAAACAAAACAACAAAAAAAAACUAGUAACUUUGUAGCAUUGCAAAAUCUUUUUGUAGCCGUUUAGUGUAAGCUAAAUUAGUUGUAUGUACUUGGCAAGCAAUAAUACGCACCAUAUAAAAAUAACUACAUACAUAUAUACAAAUAAUCAUACCGUACAAUUAACAGUCUAUAUAUAAAUAUAAAUAUUUUUUAUUGUAAACAGUUUUAUUUUCGUAUUUUGGGAUUUUGCAAUAUUUUUUACAUAGAAGUAUUUUGCAUUUUCCCUGUAAGCAACAACUGAAUGAAGUGUCUUUAAUUUAAUAGAAAUUUGUUUUAGUGCCAUUUUUCUUUUCAUUCUUGCUUACAUUUUUUUAUUGUUUAUUAUUUUUGAUUUUAGUUUUUGAUUUGUAUUUUAUUUAUAUUUGUUACUUUAAUUUUAUUUAUAUAUAUAUAUUUUUUUUUGAUAUUUUUUUAUUAUUUUUUUUUUUUUGCAAACACUUUAUAAAAAUUAUAUAAAAUUUAUAAAAUUAAAAAAAAAAUAUUAGCAAACUGAAAUCUAUGCAAGUUGAGAUCAAGGCGAAUCUAUUUAAAGUGGUAACGGUAAAUCAGCUGAUUUGCUUUUUCUGACACUUGUCAGAACAGAGCUGUAGCAUUUGCCAUUCAAAUCGAAUGGGAAUGUAGAAGCAGUCUGCUGAUAAAUUACGAUUCUUAGAUUUGUCGUCUCGAAAAGCCCAAGUCAACUAAAGCCCCUACACAUCGGAAAAUGGAUUAUUUUGCAGCCCAUUACUACUGUGUGAAGUUAAGUUCUUGGGGCCGUCUUCCAAUAAUCGGCUCAUCAGCACGAAAAGGACGAAGCGCACUUGUUGUGUGGACAAUAAAAAAACUCUUGCUUUUCGACUCGUGCGAAUGACUCGACUUUUCACUUAUUUGACUCGCAAGCUCAAAAUUUUGAGAAGCGUAAAUUUUAUUUUUUCAGCUCGCAAGUCAAAAAAAAAAGUAAUCAGUGGAAAAAAUAAAAUUUAGAAUUUUAGAAAUUCACAAAUUUUAUUUUUUAUAAAUUACAAUAGAAUUUUGCAAAUUUUAUUUUUUCAGCUCGCAGGUAAAAAAAAAGUAAUGAGUGGAAAAAAUAAAAUUUACGCUUCUCAAUUCACGUGGUAAAAAUUUGAAUUAGAAAAAGUAAUGAGAGUAAAAAAUAAAAUAUACAAAUUUACAAAUUUUAUUUUUUCAGCUCGCAAGUCAAAGAAAAAGAAAUGAGUGGAAAAAAUAAAAUUUAGAAUUUACAAAUUUUAUUUUUUAAAUUUAGAAUUUUAGAAAUUUACAAAUUUAUAAAUUCAAUUUUUUCCACUCGUUCACUUUUGUUUGACUUCAGAGCUGAAAAAAUAAAAUUUGUAAAUUUCUAAAAUCGAAAUAAAAUUUAUAAUUUUAUAAAUUUAAUUUUUUCAGCUCGCAGGUCCAAAAAAGUAAUGAGUGCAAAAAAUAAAAUUUAGAAAUUUUUUUAAUUUACAAAUUUUAUUUUUUCAACUCAUAAGUCAAGAAAAAAAAGUGAUCGAGUGGUAAAACUAAAAUUCACAAAAUCUGUUCAAAUAAGCACCUGCGAAUCAAUAAGCAAAUUAUUUUAUAGUAAAAUGCUGUGCAGCAAAUUACUAAAAUAAACAAAUAUUAAGCCAAAUUUAAAAAAAAAAUUAUUUAAAAAUUUAAUUUUUAAAUUUUAUUUCGAUAAAACAAUUUUUUAAGCCAUAUUUUUUUUGUUGUUUUUUUUAAUUAUUUUCUUGAUUUAUAUUUUAAUUAUUUUCUUUUUUUUUAUUUUAAUAAUUUUUUUUAUAUCUUAAUUAUUUGCUUUUUUUAUUUUAUUACAAUUAUUUUC